UCAAAAUCUCUUAUUCCCCAAAUUCUCUCUUUCUAUCUCUCUCACACUCCUUUGAAACACAACAUUCCUUUUUAACUCUAAAUUCAGAGAUAGUUUCUUGAUUAGGGUUCUUUGUUAUCACUAUCGCUACUUUAAUCUUUCAUUAUCACUAACUCUUGAAUUCAAUUUCAUCCUAAUUCAUAAUCGAUUCAUUCUACCCAAUUUGUUUUCUCUUUGCAACACUCUUUCCUUCUCCGUCAUUCAUCAUAACGCAACACGUUCGUGUAACUCGCUCACUCCACUCGCUCCGUAACUCGUUCUCGAUUUUUUCAUCAUGCCGAAGGCUAAACUUGAUAACAGGGCACCACAAUGGGCUAGUGUGAACUUAGGAAUUUUCAUUUGCAUGCAAUGUUCAGGGAUUCACCGGAGUCUAGGAGUGCAUAUAUCAAAGGUGAGGUCCACAACUUUGGAUACAUGGUUGCCAGAACAAGUUUCUUUCAUGCAAUAUACGGAUAAUGUGAAGUCAAAUAAGCCCUGGGAAGCUAAACUGCCACCAAAUUUUGACAGAAAUGGACGUAGAAUCGAGAAGUUUAUCUGUGCCAAGGCACCACGAUGGGCUAGUGUGAACUUAGGAAUUUUCAUUUGCAUGCAAUGUUCAGGGAUUCACUGGAGUCUAGGAGUGCAUAUAUCAAAGAUAAUGUCUGAACUUCAAAAUCCAAUCCAUGUGGAAUUUGGUAAAGUCCUGUGUGGAAAGCAUGGCAUAAUUUGUGAGAGUGUUCUUUCAGAAUUUAAGGAGUUGGUACUAAUGUGUGGAGGGCCCAAUGAGAAACUUAGAGCUAACAAGUUAAUAAAUUGUCUCAGGGUUGUUCCUAAUACUCCUUCAGAAUGCAUGAUGGGCCUCCCAACAACUAGGAAGCUGGCAUUAAAAAACAAGAUUGUCUUUGGCACUUGUGACCAUUAUCAUGCCCCAACUUUGGCAGCAAAUAUGGCAUUCGUCAGAGAAGUUUCACAGACGGGGAUGUCCCUCUCCAGUAUUGAACAUAGACCAAGGGCAUUAUGAUCAUGUAUAUAAGUGAAGGAAACAUUUGUAUAAUGAUAGUUUAUAUAUUGACGUAAC